AAACAAAAGAAUGGGAAGCGAUCUUUUGGUUUGAUAAGAUGGACACUUUUUCUGUAAACCAUAGUUCAGAGAUUGUGGGUAUUAAUCGUAGUGAGCAUCUCGAGUUGUAUUCGAGAAUUAAUGAUAGUAUUCAAAAAACGAUUAUUGAUAUAGAGACUCAAGAGCUACAAGAUAAAAUGUAA